AUGCUUCCUUCAUCACUGCUAUUAACACUCCUCAUGCUCCUCCCAAGCAUCUCGCACGCCCAAACCACCUCCCCCAAACGAGGACUAACAUACCUGACCCCCGAGCACCCCAACGAUGACAAAGCUCUACUUUCCGCUGAUAGCUCCCUCACUUGGUACUACAGCUACAAAUCGCUCCCCGAUGCUGCCGUCACAGGCCUCGAGUUUGUGCCAAUGCUCUGGGGCGACCAUGACAACACAUUCGUCGCCGAGGUGACCUCGCAGCUGCCAAACGUCAAGUACGUACUUGGCUUCAACGAGCCAGACAUGUCGCUGGACGUUGGUGGAACUGCAAUCUCACCAGAGAGAGCGGCGUUCUUGUGGAAGCGCGAUAUACAGCCACUGAAAGGGCAGGUGAAGCUGGGCGCGCCGGCGGUCAGUAGUGCGGAGUGGGGAAUGCCGUGGUUAAAGAGCUUUUUUGACGCCUGUGACGGGUGCUCGUUUGAUUUUAUACCGAUCCAUUGGUAUGGCAACUUUGAAGGGCUUGCCUCCCAUCUUGGGCACUACCAUGUUACCUUCCCAGACCAAAAGCUGUGGAUCACAGAGUUGGGCUAUGCCCACGUCGACCUGCAAGCAACUGAGGACUUCUUCAACACAACAAUAAACUACCUCGAUAGCCUCGACUAUGUCGAGCGCUAUAGCUGGUUCGGCGCAUUCAGAGCUGACGUCAGCAAUGUUGGCCCCAACGGCGCAAUGCUGAGUGCCGAUGGUGAGCUGACGAAUAUCGGGUUGUGGUAUCUGGGUCUUGAAGGGUCGGGGGCGAGUUCUGGCGCAGCUGCUGUGCUGGUGAAGAAGAUGGUUCUUUUGGGGGCGAUGGGAUUUGCGGUGGGGUGGGGAAUACUUUGUUAG